AUAGCCGCCGUGGCAUUAGAAGAGCGACCCCGUGCCUCGUAGAAGGAAUCUUCCUCGACCGCUUUACGCCUGGGGAAGUACGAAAUCCUCCGCCAGUGGGUAAAGAUUGCUUGGUUUCUUUAACAGUAGUGGUAGCGUAGCCCUGGUACGCCACUCGACUAACAACCCAAGGGUCCAGCUCAAUCUCUUGCGGUGUUUUAGAGCCGGGCUUCGCUAAAACACCCCCGAAAUGGAUAAAGACGAGCUGGUACAGCGGGCCAAGCUUGCGGAGCAGGCGGAAAGGUACGACGACAUGGCGGCCGCCAUGAAACAGGUCACAGAAACCGGAGUGGAGCUGAGCAACGAAGAACGCAACCUCCUGUCGGUCGCCUACAAAAAUGUCGUCGGAGCCCGGCGGAGCUCGUGGAGGGUCAUCUCGAGCAUAGAGCAGAAGACCGAGGGCUCGGAGCGCAAGCAGCAGAUGGCCAGGGAGUACCGGGAGAAAGUCGAGAAGGAGCUGCGGGAAAUCUGCUACGACGUGCUGGGCCUCCUAGACAAGUAUUUGAUUCCCAAAGCAAGCAAUGCAGAGAGCAAAGUGUUCUACCUGAAGAUGAAGGGUGAUUACUACAGGUACCUAGCAGAGGUGGCCACAGGAGAACAGAGGAACAGUGUGGUGGAGGAGUCUCAGAAGGCCUACCAGGAGGCCUUCGACAUCAGUAAGAGCAAAAUGCAGCCCACGCACCCGAUCCGGUUGGGCCUGGCUCUAAACUUCUCGGUGUUCUACUACGAAAUACUGAACUCCCCUGACAAGGCCUGCCAACUGGCGAAGCAGGCGUUUGACGACGCCAUCGCAGAGUUGGACACGUUAAACGAGGAUAGUUACAAGGACAGCACGCUCAUCAUGCAGCUGCUCCGAGACAACCUCACGCUGUGGACGUCGGACACCCAAGGGGACGGUGACGAGCAGCAGGAAGGUGGUGACAAUUGAUCCUCGUGUGUGCCGCCCCGACCCCCUUCCGCGUGCAUUCCCAUCUCUGGGCCGCUGCCGUCGGUGCCGCAACACCACCAGCAACGGCCACCACCACCCAGUCCGCUGCUGCUGCUGAUGCUGGCGCCACUGCCGCUGCCACCGCCACUACUACUGCGUCGCGUGCUUUCCCUUCCCCGGACAGGACCGGUCUCCCUCCUCACUCCUCCUCCCACCCCUCACUCCCGGUCGGACCCCACCCGCGGUCGGCCCUUGCCACCGCCGCGGUUCGUGGCGGCGGCGGCGUCUUGACCGCGGUCGACGGGGUCUCGACGUCCCCUUUCGUUUCUUUGUCUGCGCCUUUCUCUCUCUCUCUAUGUUGUCGUUCUUCUGUCGUGUCCCUUCCUCUCUUCUUCGGCUCGGUUGCAGACGCGGUUUUUAGCGAAAAGAGAGAGAGCGCGGGGUUUACGUUUGUGCGGUUCUUAAAGAGACUCUCUUUUUUGGCACGGACACGAGAUUGGGCGGACAGAGGGGGGUGGGGUCUCGGGGUUUGCCUGUGGAGUUUCGGAAAGGGUCGUAGUAGUUCGCCAGGAAGUAGGUAAAAACUCUUCCUCCAUUUUUGUUGCCUCUGGUUUUUUUUUUUUUUACUCGAGAGGGCUGUUUAAAAGAGAUGGCUUUUUUUAACCUCCUCCCAGAAAGGAUUUUUUUUUUUUUUUUUCAAUAGCUUGUUCCUGCUUUUUGACUGUCUGGCCCGCUCUUUUUACACAUUAUUUUUUUCUCGACUUUUUUGUACAGUUUCGUUCUCGGUGUAAUCGCUUAGGACGAGAAAGUCUGAUUCUGCCACCUUUUGUCGGAAAUGGAGGGGGAACUAACGGGCCACACACGCAAGAUUGCACAGUCUUUACGGAACGCCUCCUCCUCGCCUGUUUCCUCUGUUGCGAAUGUCGGCCUUCUCCGCCUUUUCUCGGCGCGGCGGGUUCUCCGCUGCCGCCCACUCUUCUACCCCCUCUCCCAUCUGUCUGGUUUACCCUCCCGGAGUUUCUCCAGAGAGGCAAGGUGCGACCAUUGUAUUUAUGAUCCCCCAGGAGAUUCCUUCCCUUGCAGUCUUCCUUUUUCCCCUUUCCCCCUCCUCCUCCAGCAUCGUUAUUAAAAAUGCAUUGUCAUUUGCCAGUCUGUAUUUUUCUUUUGAGUAGGACCUUUUUUGAAGGCAAGUCUGGAGAAUUUGUAUUUUUUUUUUUUUUUAAUCUGGAAAAUGUGCGCUGAAGGAAAAUGGUUGUGUUCUUUUUGUGUUCCUGGCCUAGCCUGGCUUCCUUCCCUUUUUUAGUGAUCUUCCUGUUUUUACGGAAUGGCGAUUUGUUGUGGGUUACCGAGAGACUGAGAAUGUUUGCUUGCCUGCUGGCCCCUGCCUGUCUCUGUAGUCUGGUCUGGCCUGGUCUAGAAUCGCCUAGAUUGUUGCUUCCCCGCAUUCCUCCCGUCCCACCUUGUUGACAUUUUUGUUUCGCCCGGGGAAGGGAAAAAGACGACGCAGCCGUAUUCAAAAUUGCUUUUACAAGUUUUUCUCGUUCGCUCACUCUUAUUUGGCUUUCUUGUAAGGUAUCAAUUAAGACUUCAUUUUUUUUUUUGGUCCUUGUCCCUACCGUGCGAGAUAGAGAAGUCCGAGAUCGUCGCUAAUUAUAAUUAUUGCUAGGGUUCUUCUACUAUGUACACGAGCGGCAAAGAAAACUGCCGGCAAAGAUACACACACACCUCACAAGUGUUGUACCAUUUCUUGUAAAGAUGUCUGGCGGGAGAGUGUUAAAUAGUUGUGGAAUAUUUCAGAUGCCUUUUCUUUUUCUUCCUUUUGUCCCUUUUGGUCCAGUCUGUUUUUCUUUUCAAUUUUUCUCCACUGGUGCAUGUCUUGUGCCGUACUUUCCAAGCUCCUCCAAAGGUCUUCAAAUUUUUUUUUUUUUCUUUUUCUAAUUGCUGUUUUGUUGUGCUGGUGGAGCAUAACGUCUCGAAGCCGGGUGACCUGUAACCAAGGUUUAUUUCGGUUUUUCUUGGCGACACGCGAGAGGGGCAGUCCUUUUCGCCUAGCACUAGAGAACUAUUUAAAAGGGGGGGAGAGGAAAGCGAUGCUGGCUGCAUGGAAGUUUUUCCACUAGCAGGGAAGGGGUCUGGAACGGUAGUGCGCCUAGACCUCGUUGAUACAACUCGGCCUGCCGGAACAGUGAAAUUUUCGAGUAUUUGCGAUCCCCGUGCCUGUUGGAUCCUGAUAGUGCACGCAGUCUACCUGCUAGGCUCCCUGUUCGUUUUGCUCGAGUUUUUUUCGAGUAUCGCCGGGUUGCGUUGAAGAUUUGACUGUUCGGCUCGUGGAAGUGCUUCUCCGAACCUCGUUUUUUUUUUUCCUCUGAAGAUACUGUUAACGUCAUACUCUUUUUCGUUAAAAAGAAAAGUGGAUGCUCAAUUGCAGUCCUUUCCUUUUCAGCAACUUGAAUUAAAAGGCGGGCAAAAAAAAAUUCCGAGUUGUCGAUCUUGUGGCGGACUGGGCCUGAAAACUUACUUCUUUGUAACGGAAAGCCUUCUCUCUCUCGGAGGAAACAAUAAAUGCCCAGUGCAUGUUUUUACGUGUC